UAAAAAUAUAUUUAAAAUGUGUUCAAAGAUGGUGAUUUUAGUCUUCGCGUUGGUGAUGUUUGUGCAUACCCAAGCGUAUGAGCAUGCGUUUUCAUCUAAUCACAUAACACGUCACGACGGACAUCACCAUGAAGUUUCCCAUGGACAUGGCCAUCAUCAUGACUAUUACACUCAUCCUAAGUACGAGUUCGAAUACAAAGUGGAGGAUGGACACACGGGUGACAAAAAAUCGCAGCAUGAGCAUCGCGACGGGGAUGUAGUGAAGGGAGGCUAUUCUUUGCACCAGCCCGAUGGCUCUCACAGACAUGUACACUAUCAUGCUGAUGAUCAUUCAGGUUUCCACGCCGAUGUGAAAUACAGCACUCAUCAUGAAGAACUUAUUCAAGAAGAACAAGAUAUAAGUAUACUACAAACCUUAGAAGAACAACUAAGAACAAAGUUAACCAAAAUGUUUUCAAAGAUCUUCAUUUUGUCGGUCGCUCUGAUGACUAUCGCUAACGCGUAUGAUCACGCGUUUUCAUCUAAUCAUAUCUCUCGCCAUGACGGACAUCACCACGAAGUACACCAUGGGCAUGACCAUCAUCACGAUUAUUACACUCAUCCUAAGUAUGAGUUCGAGUACAAAAUAGAGGACCACCACACUGGAGAUAUUAAAUCGCAGCACGAGCACCGUGACGGCGACGUUGUGAAGGGUGGCUAUUCUCUGCACCAGCCCGACGGCUCUGUCAGACAUGUUGAAUACCACGGUGACGAUCACAGCGGCUUCCACGCCGAUGUGAAACACAGCACCCACCACAUUGUGCCCCAUCAUCAUCAUCAUCAUGAUCAUUACUAAAUUAUGUGAAUUAAAACAAAAUGUCUUAU